AUGGAAAUUGACGACAUUUUUUCUCAGAAGAAGGCGCAACCCAAGGAACAGGGUCCCGUUGAGAAAGAGCAGAACCAACAAGAACCUAAAAAGCCUGAAAAUGCUCGUUCUUCCAAACCCAAGAAAAAUGUCAAUAAAGAAGACGAUUUAUUUUUAGACCCCAAGGGGGCUUCAGGAAGAAAACGAACUGAAGAAGGCUUUUUGGUGUACGAUGAAGAUGAGCUAAAAAUGGGUAAAGGAGGAACCACACCGCUUUGCCCUUUUGAUUGUGAAUGCUGUAAGGAAAUUCUUAAGGUUUCUUGUGUCCUUCAUUAUACUAACUUUCUAUAG